GAACACCUGGGCAAGCACGAGAGACUGUACAUGUGCCGUGAUGCUCGAUGCGCUAAGCAUUUGGGAUUCCCAUAUACAAAUGGCCUGCUCAGACACCAACGCAACUCUCACGGAUUGCACGGCGGACCGAAAAAACUGUAUUGUCCACAUUGGACUUGCGAGCGGAGUGAACGGAACCCUUUCGCACGUCGCGACAAUUUGAAUACUCAUUUGCGAAGGAUUCAUAAGGGGCAUGGUUUGAGGAGCCACGAUGCUGUCACUGAGGAUGGUAUCGAGCCCACAACGAAUGCAUCAGAGCUCAAGUUGAACGAAGAAACCCCACAGCAACGAUGCAGACGCUCAGGACCUGAGGAUGGCUGUCGGAACCCGCCUGGGGAACAUAUCAACACCCAAAUCAUGGCUGUACGAGCCGAGAGUUCUUCCAUCCGAACCAUGUUCGUCAGUCAGAGCGUUGAGAUGGAGUCUUUGAAGAUCCAGCUAAGUCAGAUCCGGACACAA